AUACCGAAAGAAAAUAGAUAUAUGUAUAUAUAUUCAUUCGAUUUCAAUUCUUAUUUAAGGAAACACCAAACCUAAAACCAAAAUUGAUAUUUGGUAAGCGAGGGAAUAAAAGAAAAGAUAAGAAUGGCGGGGUUCGAAGAAGAUGAAGUUCCUGUCCAGGUCCCGGCGAGGUUUGUUCACAGCCACGAGCGUACUUAUCUCUUUCCGGAGCAGAUAAAAGCCAAUAGAAUUGUGCUCAAGGAACUUGGCUUACUAUAUUGUACGCAUACCUCGAAUGACUAAAGACUCUCCCAUCUAUGCACACGCAAAGAUUCCUACUCGCGGUGGUGGAUAUAUAGCUUCUGGCGCCAUCAACGGACGUGCUAUUUUAGCCGCCCAGAGAACAAGAGAUGCCGGAAUUCGUAAGCCCCUGGCCAACAAAGUUUUAAUCCCUUUAGCAGGUCCAUAUUCUCGAUCGGCCGUAACUACUGGUACAAAAGCUAAGGGGAAACAGGUAUCCCUUCUCAAGCACCCCCGAAAGGAUCUUGACGAGUCGUCUGCUAAAUCAUUGCUCAACGAUCCAAUCCCUCCUGCAGAUUCUGCCUUAGAAAUCUUUACCCCGCUCACUCGUCUAGCCCUUAAUUAGUUGGGUCUCACCAUUUUACAACUAAAAAAUAUCUAGAGAUUUUUUGUAAUAAUCUGGACCAGAUUGAUAUCUUGGCAUGCUAUUAUCACUUUGUAGUACCCCUUGGUUUUUGUACGUCUAUUUGGUGCUAUAUAUGACUCUAUAAAUUUUGUUGACAUUGACGAUAUAAUAUAUAUGGGCUCUUGCAUCUUA